AUGCUUCGCUUAACCGUGAAUCCCUCUGGCAAGUGCCUCAAGUGCGGCAUCUGUUGGCUCUACCCGCCCGGCACGGCGCCACGGUGUGAGAUGCAGCUGGACAACAACAACGGUUACCGCAUCAAGUACAACUGCUCGCGCAUCGGCGGCAGCUGCCCAUACACCAAGAACGACCCACAUUUCCAGGGCGUGCAAGGUAUGCGAUUCGAGUUAAACGGCGCUCCGGAGAAGACGUUCUGCUUGCUGACAGACCGCAACGUGCACGUGAACAUGCAGAUGCGCGGGUACUACGACACGCGCACCGUCGGCGCGACGGUUCUGCGCAACGGGAAGGCGGUGCGCACAUGGAUCCGCGCGCUCGGGUUCGUGUGGCGUGCAGCGGUGGGGGAGGCAGAGCACAAGUUCCGCGUGGUGGCGUGCGCAGGGAAGCAGCAGGAGCGCGGGGACGGGUUCCUUUCGGUGGCGGAAAUGGACAGGGAAGCCAUUCCGCGGAUGACCCAGCCAGGCGAGGCGCUCUCUCUCCCCAGAGGCCUCACGUUCACGUUCUUUGGGAUUGAAUCCGGCAGCGCGUUCGUUAAGGACGUGUACCAUGUGACUAUCGCGGGGCUUCUAGAGAUGGAGAUCAAGCUGCGCGUCGCGCACCCUCUGUUGCAAAUAGCUGAGGACGCGGAGACACACAUCAACGUGGCAUUCGACGCUGUCGAAGCGACCAAUCAGGUGCACGGAAUCAUGGGGCAGACGUAUCGCGAGGGACGCGGGAAACGUGCCAUGGAUUACAACACACUCGCCCACGCGCUGGGGCGGCUCGUCGCGGCGGAUGCGGCGGAGGGAGCGGGGUUCCUGGAUGGGGAGACGGCGGAUUACGAGUCUACUUCGGUGCUCGCUGCGGACUGCCGCUUCUCCGCCUUUCACGGCAAGGUGCUUCCCCUUCCACGCACUCAGUCGAAUCGCCCCAGAUGGUCGCGGUCAGGCUGGCUUGGUUGUCCCCAAGUCAAUUCGUGGUGUUGUACCUGA